AUGUCUAAUUAUUCUUGCUAAUUUUGUUACAAGAGAACAACUCUAGGAUAUAUCAAAAACUAUUUCCCUAGUGAAAUCAAUUUGCAUCAAAUGAUUAGACACACUCUCUAUCAUAAAUAUGCCACUUCAUAAAAUUACUAUUAUACCAAAGACAUUAAUGAAAUAUUAUCCAAAACUUCUACUGCCAGAACUAUACUGUAUCAUGUAAAAUAUUCAAAUAUAUUUCUAGGAUUAUCUAUGUUAUGAUGAAGAAGAUGAAUAUAUUAAAAGAUUUUAUCAAAUGCAUGAAUAUCCUCCCAAAUCAAAACUGCUUACAGAAUUCUACAAAUUUCAUAAAGAUUUACCAAGAUGGGUAUUGAAACAUCCCAUACUCAAAAUUCUCAAUUAUUAUUACGAUAAAAGAAGGAAAAUUGAAUUUUACAAAAUUUAAAGACAAAUUGAAAUUGAAAAUUAAAUGAACCCAUGUGAUCCACCAAAAGGAAUUGUAGGUGAUAAACCAUUACUAAGUGAUUCCACACCAGAAUCUGAGAAUUCUGAACCAUAAUCCAAAGUUAAUGUUGAUAACAUUCUCAAAGAAAUCAGUUUCUCUAAUAAGAAACCUCAACCCUCCCAAGAAAUUAGUCGCAUAUUAUAAGUCCCUGAAUCUCCUCCUAUGGGUGAAAUACAGUAAAUGAUAAGUUUGCUAAACCUAAAAUCAGAUUCUCCAAAUCAAAAACAACAAUACCAAUGGUUUAAAAAGAAGAAGACUCAGGGCAAGAAAUCUCUUAAAUUAGAUGAACUUGCCUUAUCUUUGUCUGCCAGAACUCAUUAAAAUCCCUAAGAAGCAAAAAUGCCCUUAUCGGCCAGAUAUCAAUAGUCUUAUUCCAAUAGAUUGAUUGACUAAAGUAAUUUGUCCAAUCAUAUUUAGUCUAAACUAAACUUUACAAUAAACACUCUUAAACCAUCUCAAGAGACAAAAUUAUUGAUUUUAAAUAAAAUAAAGAAUAAUUCAUGUAACAAAUUCAUAUAUUACCGUAAUAGUAAAAAAUUCAAAUUAGAUGAGAGGAAUAAAAAAAGCAAUUCACCCAAAAAAAAUGAUCAAAAUAAAGCAAUUUAGGAAAUCAAAUAACUUGAAUUAAAAAUCAUUAAAAGUCUAUAAGAAAUGAAGAAUAUCAAAAGUAAUAAUUUAUCAAGUCAUGAAUCUAAACAAACACCCACUUAAAACCAAAAUAACAGCAAUUAAGUACUUUCUUUGGAUCAAAAGGCCUUGUAUUAGAUCCUCAAAGUUCCUGAUUCGUUUAGGCAAUUAAACUUUAACAAACUUCAAAACAAAACAAAUCCCAAAAGAUCUCAAGAUCAGAAUCAACGUUAAUAAAAAAACAACAACUCCUCACAACAUUAGAAACAUGUUUAAAUAUUGGAUAUGAAAAAACUAAUAUCCAACAAAAAAGAUAUCGCUCCCAAGACAGAGAGAGUAAAAAAGACUAUUCCGUCUCUAAACUUAAAUCUUAUUGGAACCAUAAAUUAAUCAACAUCAAUGACAACUAGGAACAAUAGCUUUACUCCAAGUUUAGCUUACGCGCAAUUAUUAACACCUAAACAAAAUUAAACAAAUAUAUAUAAUGAAAAUAUUAUUAAUAACUGGUAACAGUAAAAUACUCACAAUGUUGCGAUUAGGGAAAUCAAUAUGUAAAAAUGA